UAUUUUACUACAACAAUACUAAUAGUUAUGGUCAUGCAAACAGGUAAUUCUACGGUACUUGGCAGGUACCACGAGGUACUCGUACCUCCCUAAUAUCCACCGUUGAUUUGGCAAAGGGUCGUGUUUCCAUGUUUAACGAGUCUUAUCCUGAAAUUCUCCUCGUGAUUCCAAACAAGGCCACUUCCUCCUUCCGCCGGCGCCAGCGAUCUCACUUCCCUUGCCGGACGUUGACCCCGCCGGCGCAAGCCACCUUGCUUCCAACUACUUGACCCUCGCCAACAUCUCCUUCAGCGGCUCUCGGGGCAGCAGAUAUGCCGCGCCGCCUCGUCCUGCGCCACCCGCCGGGCUCGCCCCGAAGGCCGGGAAUGGAGGCCGCGCCGGACAAGAUGCCAACCUCUCGGCUUCCCUGCCUAUUAAUCGUACUCCGUACCUCUUCGUUGUUGAAGCAUUCAACUCGAUCCCCCGCGCCACCGCCGCCACCCUCUACCUCCGUCGUGGCCCUGUACCUCGCCGGCCGUGCGGAUCGAUGGCUUCCCGUCCUAUCCCCAUGACUCAUUUUGCUCCACCUUGGCACCCAGCCGCGCUCGUCCCGAGCGGACACUGCCGCCAACACCGUCAUCUGUCGCAGCCAUGUACGCCGCCAACCUCCCCGGAUGGGACGAGCACGGGAGAACGCCGCGUCCAAAGCCGCCGCCCUCACCCGCUGCGGUCGUCGCGGCCGUCCUCCCCCGCCACGCACUCGCACCAGAGACGCCUCCAACUCCUCAUCUAGGUCGUGACGGGACGCAGCCCGGGACCCCCGCCGUCUCCAUAGCCCAUCCUUCCCCACGCCCAAGGCCCACUAAACAGAGGAUCCGGCUGUAGAUUCAACGAUGACAAGGUCGACGUCAGCACUGAGCUCCCCCCGCUCCAUUCUGUCCGCAAAGGUCACCUCAAGACCAACUAAGCCAAUUGCAGUUUUCGCCCCAGAUCUCUUAAGAAGACAGCCAAUUGCAGUUUUAUUACUCCUUUGUGCUGAAGGCAUCUUCCUGGAGAUCUUCUCGUCGGUCUGCUCGCAGCUCGCGCUCCCAUUCUCUGCCAUUCUGGCCAGUCCCGACCACUCCGCCUGGGUGCCGCACGCCGCGGGCUUGCCGUCUACGGCCGCCGCCCCAGGCCUCUGCCACUGCUACACCGGUGUGCAGUCCCCCGUCCUCCCUCCCUGCUGUUGUGUCGUCCGUGCUUCUCUGCUGCGAUGCCGCCACGGGCUCGUCGGCCCUGCUGCUGCGCCACCCAUGACCCUGCUGUUGUGCUGCGCCACCGCGCGCUCGACCGGCCGACGCCCCUGCUGUUGCGCCGUCGCCACCCAACUGGCCAUGGCCAGCCUACCCCUGCUGCUCCUCCCUUCCACCUCUCCGGCCUCCGCCGUUGCCGGCCCUGCUGCUCCCUCACCGCCAAGUACUCGCCCGGAGAAGGUCGCUUGUUUGCUCAAUGCUUAUGCUUGAAGAGAUCAUGGGGGUUGGUCCUGCAUCUAGUUCUAUCAGUUGGGUUGUGCUCCCUCUCCAUUAGAAGUAAUUGUGGUGAAAUAUAUUGUUGAUGUGUGUUGAAAUUAGACUGUCAUUUCUUCAUUUUUGAUUCAAUGGCAGGAGCAGCUUGUGGUUUUCCAAAGUAUUGAUAUAUGUGUCAUGAUUUGCUAUUUUUUUUUGCAAUUACACUCAUGCUAAAUAUGCAGCGCAUUUAUAUGUAUUUCUACUCUUCUAGACAUGUCGCAUCAACCAUUUAUACUGGCUCUGCCAUCGGAGACAGAGUCUGCUAGUCCCUAUCCUGUGAGUUCCCCAACCUUUUUUUGUUGCCGAUGAAUGGUGAUUUGCAGUUUGCUUUGCUCACAUUUUCCUUGCCUUGUUUGUUGGCUCAAAUGUGGCAAGACAAAGUCAACAGAGGAAAAGAGAUUUCGAUUCAUGCUCAUUGACAGUGAGGUCUACUUGGUGCCGGUGAGUUGGUCCCUAACAAUUGGUUGUGCUAGUUUGCUUACCCACAUACACAAAUUGCAGUUUUAUACCAAUUAAAUUCCAAAAGGAAGUGAAAAAGAUAGAUCUUACAUACACCACUAACAGUUCUGCACAACACAUGCUGAGAAGAUGGUGUAGUAGCACUGAGAGACGCAAGGAUUGCUGACGAGGGUUGCGGUGUCAUGGUGAAUUUAGAUAAGAUCAGAAAUUUGCUAUUGAUUUGGGUCCUUGGUCAUUUUAGAUGUUCCUGUUAGGUCCUCAAAAAAAAGAGAUGUUCCUGGUUAGACACCUGUAAGUAUUCAUGUUGCUUUAUGUUUUCUUCAAAUAGAAGUUAAUUUGAACAAUAUUUUAUGAGUCAUCAGUGAAAGCUUGUUUAAGAAAAGAAUUUGUUUAUGUUAUGACCAAAGUCGAUGUGAUCUGAACUAUGAACGUGUAAGUUGCUUGGAUUUGGAAGAAUUGCAUAGGGCCUAAGCUUAUGUUUCAGGAGGGUUCUUGCUUAAUGUAGGCCUGGUGCUAACUCUGGCCGGUAUGGGAGAUGAGGGCAUGUCAGUGAGAUGAAAUAGUUUCUUUAUUGCUUUCUUUCCAUACUGUCUAAUUGCCGAUACUCAUGUUUUCGAUUAAUCUAUUUGUUCAGAUCAAUGUGAAGUGCACCACAUAAAGUUCAGAUCUCAUUGUUCUGCAGUUUGGAGAGAUUCCUCUGCAUUUUGAUAAUUCUUGUGACUCAAAAGAACUGAUCAUUCAAUAGGGUGCACACAUGCAAGCUCACCCGAAGAUAAGUUGCAUUUUGCUUUCUGCUUUAUUCAACAGUGAAGCACAGAUUUAUUCUCCUGAAGAUAUUAGCUCAACAAAACACCAGAGGUUCCAUCUUUUUGUGACAACUACUGAAUCUGCUAUUCGUAGAUUAUUUUUUUCUACCAGAGAAGGUUAUAGCUUAGAGAUUCCCAGUCCAGAAAAUAGACCACGCUUUUCAUUUGCCUGUCCUCAAAUAAUUUUGACCAGAGAGAACUUGACUCAUAGAGGAUGAGAAGGUCUAACGGGAUGUCAGUUUGUCCUAAGAGUGAAACAAUAUAUCAUCUAUUCUUUGGUUGUACUAUGGCCUCAUAAAUCUGAAGUGUGUCCCGACGCGCAUUUAGCAUGAAAUUUACAGGUCACUUUAUAGAUGAUUUAUUUGAUAAUUGGUUCUCUUUGUAUGGGGCGAGAAUAUCAUUGUAAUAUAUUUUGCAUACACCUGAAUUUAUACAUGUGAGUGUUUAUAUGCUUAAUA